AUGGCGCGCUCCGCACUUUUCGGCGCCGUCGUCCUGCUGGCGCUGCUCGCCGUCUACGCCACGGCCUCGCCCAUCCUUGUGGUCCCCACCGAGUCCGGUAGCGUCCAGGGCUUCGUACAGAACGACCUGGCCCGCGCCUUCCUCGGCAUUCCCUUCGCCAACCCGCCGCAGCGCUUCGGCGUGGCCACCCCCGCGUCGCCCUGGAGCGGCGUCUACAACGCGACCGCGUUCCCCAAGCCGUGCAUCCAGUCGUCGACGGCCGGCGUGGAGGACUGCCUCUACCUCAACGUGUUCACCCCCAAGAACGCCAAGGCCGGCGACAAGCUGCCCGUCAUGGGCAAGCCCGACUCGAGCGAGUGGCCCAAGUACAAGAAGAACAGGCCCGUCGCCUUCCUCUGGGAGCAGACCGACGCCAACCUCAACCCGCCCACGACCACGGUGCCCUUCUUCGAGUCGAACCUCUGCACCAACUGGGAGCCCAUCUUCUCGACCAACUCGGUGGUCCAGCCCUAA